AUGAAACCUGAGAAUAUCAGGCGCAAGGUGUCGGAGGGGAAUCCAUUAUUCUCUACGUCUAUAUCCGUUCAGCAGAACCUGUUGUUGGAUUCUUAUCCGUCUAUAAAGGUUGAUCUGACUUGGCAGGAUCCAGAGGAAAUAAUCUACCAGGACUUUUUUGCUCUCAAGGUUGGAGAUUUAAAGGGACUGUGCGCGUUAAAUCAAACCUUCUCUGUAUCCCUACCUCUGCCCGACCUUGAGUUGACCCAUCUCCCCAUCCUGCUCUCCGGGUUUCUAACAUUACUGGAGGAGAAGGUUGGAUCCCUGGGACAACAUUUUCUAUUCUCUAAAUCUAUUUUUCAACAAGAGAUUUCUCCGUUCUCCUUCAUUUCUCUUCGUCUUUCUCCUGUCUCCACUUCAUGCAGUAUUGCAGGUAGUGGGUCGGAACAAACCAGUUUCCUAUCACUACUAGAUCCUGAUCAACCGGAACUCAAACGGAAACUCCGGAAGAAAAUAAAACUUGACACUCAAAAAAUAGAAAAUAAUUUUGAGAGUAUUUUGGUCGGUUUGAUUAAGGAACCAAAUCAAGGGAAGCUCUUUACAUUUUUCAAUCAGGAGAUAUCCAUGGAGUGGAGGACCUGUGAAGAAAGGGGGGAGGAGGGAUCCAUGUAUCUUGUCUCCAAUUGUCCUACUUCACUCAAUAUAUUCAUCAACUAUCUUACUAAGUUUUCUCCUGGUUCCUCCGGUAUAUGAGGACGGGAGGGAGGAUGGAGGAGUAUGUACAUUUUGUAUUCCACUUCAUUGUCGGAAUUUAUUGUGGUUUUAUGCCAAUGUAAUGUCUUUUAGAAUAACUUUUGGAUUGUUUUGUUUAAUUAGCUAAAUAACCAAUCCUGAAACUUUA